AGUGGGUUGAGUCGGGUUGAGUCGGGUGAAUCAGUGAACGGUGUUUGUAACUCUGGUUCCAGGUGAGAAUGAUGUUGGACUCUGAAGCAGAACCGUACCGGCCGGUGGAGCAUCACUGGUUCUAUAAGGACGGGACGGUGGAGUCGUGGAGAGCGUUUAGUCUGGAAGAUUCUCUCAGACUGGAGGAGGCUCAUCACCGACUGAACGGAGCUGAUGAGGAGGUGCUGGUAGCUACAGAGGGGAGGCGUUAUGACGUGAAGCUGAGGGAGAGGAGGAGGUACGCCGUGUUUUGGGAUGAAGGUCCGUCUGAGGUGCGCCGAUGUUCCUGGUUCCAUAAAGGCAGUAAGGAGAUGAACUACAGUCCCUACAGCGAGGAGAUCAGCCAGCUGCUCGAGGAUGCGUACAUGAUCGCGGUGACUCUGGAUGAGUGGAAGAGAACGUUAGAGCUGCCGACCGGAGAAACCGUCAUCCUGCACAACCCAAAGUUAAUCACGCAGCAUCCAAAAAGCUUGUACGGCUCCCCGCCGUCCCCCAGCGAACGAACCCAACCCCGAACCCUGAAGAGAGGGGUGGAGAACAUCCACGUGGAGAUAACACAGGGAGAACCAGACGUGGUGGAUCACCUGGUGUUCAUGGUUCAUGGGAUUGGACCAGCGUGUGACAUGCGUCUGAGAGGAAUCGUGCAGUGUGUGAACGAGUUCCGCAGCGCCGCUCUGACCCUCAUCAGCUCCCACUUCAGUUCUGACGAGGAGAGGAGCGCCGGCGCCGGGCGGGUGGAGUUCUUACCCGUCAACUGGCACAAAGUUCUGCACGGGGAGAGUAUCGGCGUGGACAGAGAUAUCCAGAGAAUCACGUUGCCCAGCAUCGGCCGCCUGCGCCAGUUUGCCAACGACACGGUGUUAGAUCUCUUCUUCUACAACAGCGCCACCUACUGCCAGACCAUCGUGGAUACAGUGGCGUCAGAGAUCAACCGCCUGCACGCCAUCUUCCUCCAACGAAACCCGCGGUUUACUGGAGCCAUGUCAGUGGCAGGACACAGUCUGGGUUCAUUAAUCCUCUUUGAUCUGCUGACCAAUCAGAAGCCGGGAUCAGCAGGAACUAAUUCAGAACAGGUGGUGCCAGAUGAUGACGUCCUCGGCUCCUUUACUGAACCAGACUGCACUUCCUGUGAGGGUUUAGAGGAGCUGCUGAGGAGUAACGGGUUGGAGGAGCAUCUCCAAGUUCUCCAGAGGGAACAAGUGGACAUGGAGGCUCUGGCGCUGUGCUCUGAGAGUGACCUGAAGGAACUUGGUAUCCCACUCGGUCCUCGUAAGAAGAUCCUGAACUAUGUGAGGAACUGGAAGCACAGAUCUCCACCCACCAGUGGGAACCGCUCCUCCAGUACAGAGACCAGCAGCUCGGCAGAAAUCCAGAGUCUGGUCCAAGAGACUCGAACCAAAACCACGGUGAUUGACUACCAGCAGUUUGAUGUGGGGAUCGGACAGGUCUCCAUCAGUUACCCUCAGCUGCUCUUCCACCCUCAGGCCUUCUUCGCGUUCGGUUCUCCGAUCGGAAUGUUCCUCACCGUCCGCGGCCUGAAGAGAAUCGACCCAAACUACCGCUUCCCCACCUGCUCCAGCUUCUACAACAUCUUCCACCCAUUUGAUCCGGUGGCGUACAGGAUGGAGCCCAUGAUUCUGCCCCCGGAGGUGGACGUACCGCCCAUGCUGAUGCCCCAUCACAAGGGCAGGAAGAGGAUGCACCUGGAGCUGAAGGAGGGACUGACCAGGGUCAGCGCUGAUCUGCUGGGCUCGUUUCGGAACGUCUGGCAGAGUUUCUCCCAACUUCCUGCUCCGGCUCUGGCUGAGGGGAACGACCUGGCUACGACGGCCACGCCCUGCGCUGAGGAACCGGAAGCGUCGCCGCUGGAACAGGAAGUGAAGUCGGUGUCGGUGGGGAAGCUGAACGGCGGUCGGCGUAUCGAUUACGUUCUUCAGGAGAAACCGAUCGAGAGCUUUAACGAGUAUCUGUUCGCCAUCCAGAGUCACCUGUGCUACUGGGAGUCGGAGGACACGGCGCUGCUGGUUCUGAAGGAGGUUUAUGGUUCUGAGAGCUGUAAAUCCCCACAGCAGUAGAAGAUCAACAGAAGAGAUUAAUCUGUACCGAUAAUAUUUCUUAUGAUCCACUGCCAGUGAUGAGAUCAGGUUCUGAAGGCCAGAUCUGAUAAGCUCAGAUCAGAGCUAAUUAGAAAUGCUAAAGUACAACCAUGAUACUUGUUUUGGCAUUGAUUUAUAAUGUAUUUACAUUUAUUAACCCUAUUUGUGUUGUUUUAAGUUUGUCGUAAUUCCACUGUGGACUCUGUGGUGACAUUUGCUGGUAGCUCAACACCUCAACUUUAAGCAUGAUUUAAAUCCUGACAUUAAAUCUAGAAUUUAAAUCCUGACAUUAAAUCUAGAAUUUAAAUCCUGACAUUAAAUCUCGAAUUUUUAUCCUGACAUUAAAUCUAGAAUUUAAAUCCUGACAUUAAAUCUCGAAUUUAAUAU